AUGAAUAAAUUUAUUGCAUCACAUGUUAAUCCUUUCCGACUGUCUUCCGAUUGCCUUGACUUAAUUUUUUUACAUUUUAAAAAUGACAAGGCUUCUCUUUAUUCAUUCGUUCUGGUAAAUCGCCAUUUUUGUCGACUCGUCGUUCCAUUGCUUUGGAGUCUUCCUUUUGAUUAUGUGAGCAAAGAGAAUGCUCCUUUGAUAAUUCAAACUUAUGUUUCUUGUCUUUCUGAUAUUGAAAAAGAACAAUUGAUUGCCAAAGAUAUUAUAUUCGCUAAUUCUUCUCGUUCCUUAUUUAAUUAUCCAAAAUAUUUGCAAAAUUAUGAAUCUCAUCAAAUUCGAAUGGCUAUAGAGAGAUGGCUUCGUUCUCUUAGAUCUAGUACUAGAAACUUGGGCGAAAAAACUCGUUUCAUUUAUCAACUUUUAGGAAAUCUCAUCUUUAGUAAUUGUUAUAAUCUUAGAGAAUUGACUUAUCAUUGGAAUGAAGAAUUCAACACUAUCAAUUUGUUGGAUAUUACUACUUUCUCCGGUUUCAAACAUGCAAUUGCUUCUCUUAGGACCUUCAAGUUUGAAUAUUGUUGUCUUCCUACUCAAAUUACUGGAAAGUUAUUUACUGCCAUAUCUCAAUGUACUCGUAAUAUUCAUCAUCUUUCGAUUAAUACAGAAAGCGAUUUACGAUUUGAUCCUGAAGAUAUUCCUGAUCUUUUUGAUUUACCUAUAAGUUUUAUUAAUAUUCAUGAUCUUUAUUGUAUGCCAUGCAUGCCUCUUAGACAUGAUAUUAGCCCAACAAGUCAAAUACAUAUAAUUUCUCUUAUUCAACUUUUAAAAAUGAGUAAUCAAAAUCUUAAAACCUUCACCUUUUUAUCUAAUGUUACUCCUGAAUUAAUGAAAGCUAUUGAACAUUAUUGUCCAAAUCUUACUCAUUUAUCUAUAGCUAUAUUAAGUGAACAUUUUAUAGAUUUUUAUUCUUUACUUUCAUCAUUACCAAAACUUGAAACCCUUUCUUUAAAAAUUUAUCCCGAAUCUUUAGUAUCUUCAAUUUUUUCAAUUCAAGAUUUUGCUGAAUCUGUUCCACCAACAUUACAAAGUUUCGGUAUUAAUUUUCAUAUUCCAGUGGAAACUUUGGAAACUUUAUUACUCAAAUUACAACUAUGUAGUGCAAGGAUCACGACGUUAAUUUUUUAUAGUAGUCUUAUGGUUACUGAUGAAUAUUUAAGAAUCAUCACUCGUUACGCUCAAGAUUGUGGUGGUCAUUUUCGUGAAUUUAGAUAUGUUACCUCAAGACAAAUCGGGUCGGAAUCAUUUUCAUUGGAUGAAUUAAAAAAAGCAAAAGAUUCUAUUCCUAUAGUUGGUGUCGCGGAAUCUUUUUAUACGCCUUUUUAUG